AGAUUUUGAAGUUUGUAUAAUAAAUGAGCGGUGUCUAAAACAGCCAUCGCUUAAAAGGUUUUCAUCAAUCACACUCCCCUUAAACCCUAGUCCCCUCUUUCUCUUCCUCAAUGGGCGGUUCACGCCGGAAAUACAAGCGCUCGCGUACAAAAGUUCGGGUCGGUCUACCAAAGAAGAACCCUAACAUAUUCAAACCGGCGUUUUCCCUUCCACCGAAGCUCCGAUCACUUGUGAAUUCUCAUUGGGAUGAUAAAGGCAGCGUUAUCGACAAUUACAAGUCAUUCGGCGUCGUUUCGAACCCUAAUUUGCUCGGUGUUCGUUGCCGUACUUCGCAUAUGAUUGAAGCGGAUUCAUUGCAGGUUCCGCCGCCAAAGAAGAGGAAGGUGGUAACGGAGGAAGGUUGUGGUGAUGAGGGGGGUGAUGGGCUUGAGGAUUUGGAUGAUUCUGGUAGUGAAGUUGAGGAAGACGAUCUUAAGUCAGCCCUUGGGAAAAAACGAAGGGAUGGAAAAAGUGCUCCUCUGCAACCACUGACUACUAUACAACGAGUCUAUAUUAGCAGGCUUGUGGAGGAGUAUGGAGAUGAUUAUCAGAGCAUGUUCAUGGACACAAAACUCAAUAAAAUGCAGCAUUCUGUAGCAACAUUAGAGAAACUCUGCAAAAGGUAUCACAUGUACAUGGAUAAAAAUCCAUUACUUGUUGGCUGUUGAAGACGAUCCGGGAUAAUUCACAUAACAAUAUGAUAUCCACACUCGGUAGGGUCACUCAUUCAUCAAGGGUGACUGUUAGCCAAUCUUUGCACAUCAGAGUGCUUGUAUUAGGCUUCAUUUGCAGAAAUGGUGGAAAUGAAGAGAGCCCGGAUGCGAUAUUUAGCUUAUUUUCCCGUUUCUGCUGAUUUCUUUAGAAUUUCCUUCUUGAAACUUGUUUCUUUGUAAAAUGAGAUCGGUAUCACAUUCAAACGAUGGCUGUAUUUUUCACAUGUUGCCUCAAUGGGACGCAACAUAUUAUUUUGUCAAUGCAAGGUUGCGUUCUCAGCCAACCAA